UGGCACUCUCGCUGGCCUGUACAUUCACCUCAUCUGGGCAGGGCUCAAAGUCUAGCCAUUCCCUAAAGUAUAAAUGGCUCUCUCUCCACGAGAUCAGCUCCAGGACCUGGGAAAGUCCAGUACCUUCCUCCCAGGCACAACGAGCACAAUGGUCCCUGUCCUGUUUUCUCUGCUGCUCCUUCUGAGUCCUGCAGUCUCCCAGGAGACCCAAGAUGGGCCUUACUCUCUGAGCUACCUCUACACAGGAGUGUCUAGGCCUGCUAAGGGCCUCCCCGGCUUUCAGGCCACUGGCUUCCUCAAUGACCAGCCCUUCUUCCACUAUGAUAGUGAAAGUGGAAAGGCUGAGCCCCUAGGCCCAUGGAAACAGGUGGAAGGAAUGGAGGACUGGGAGAAGGAGAGUAAACUUCAGAAGGCAAGGGGGGACUUCUUCCUGAAGAAUCUGAAAGACAUCAUGGACUAUAAAAAGGACAGAGGGAAUCACACCUUUCAGGGGAGGUUCGGUUGUGAGCUCCGGAAUAAUACAUACUGUGAGGCAUUCUGGAGGUAUGCUUAUGACAGACGGGACUACAUCAAGUUCAACACAGAAAUUCCAGCCUGGAUCCCCCUGCAAAAGGCAGCUCUGAACACUAAGGUGAAGUGGGAGACAGAAGGCUCUGUGCAAGCGGCAAAGAACUACCUGGAAGAUGAGUGCCCCCAGAUUCUACAGAAGUACUUGCAAUACAGCAAGAAUUACCUGGACCGGCAAGAUCCUCCCUCCGUGUCAAUCACCAGCUACGUGGGCCCAAGAAACAAGAGGACCCUCAGGUGCCUGGCCUACAACUUCUACCCACAGCCAAUCAGUCUGUACUGGACUCGGGCCAGCAAUGUAGUGGAGAAUGAGUUAUGGGGAGACGUUGCUCUCAGUGAAAAUGGUACUUACCAGUCCUGGGUGUCAGUGAAGAUCCCCUCUCGGGACUCAGGCCCCUACUUCUGCCACGUGCAGCACAGCAGCCUGGCCCAGCCCCUCACCGUCCCAUGGAAUGAGAGGCAGGAAGUGAGGGUUGAAGAUGCUGCAGAGUCUCAAAACCAGUAGCCAUCCUCUCUUCUGGACAUAAGAGAUAUGAGCUCUAGAAUCACUGCCAACGCCAUCAGUGAGGCCCAGGGAAGCAGCAAAGGGGACAGGUGGUGGAAUUGGAAACACAAGACUAGAACACUGGGCACUGAGCUGACUCUCUGCUACAUUGCCUAAUCAACACUAAUUGACUA